CCAAACAAGACACAACAUAGUUCCUUCUUUCGUCCAUCAGAACCUCUUCCGACUUUGUUCGCCAAUUUUGACGGCGAAAGGAUCAGAAUAUUGCUUAUUUGGUAAAAGUGUUGCGCUCAUCGUCUGAGAAAAAAGCCCUUAAAGUUGGAUUGCGCUUAUCAGAUUCCCCUCCAAAAUUUUCUGAUUUUAGAUAUGCAGAACAUGUCAACCGAGAAGAUUCCAGCGCAAACAGCACCUGCUGUUGCAUCAUCAUGCCGAAAAAAGAAGUCUGAAAGUGCCACGUUUUUGGAGGAUGUAAAGGAUCACAUUGAUGAAUUUAUAAAUGCCUCAAUGGAUGAACACAAGACUUGUUUCAAGAAGACCAUCCAGAAGAUGUUUGGGAUGUCUAAAAUUGUUGCUGAAAGAAAUGCUGAAGCAAAGGAGGUUGAGAGCUCACUUCCUCUCCGAACUGUUGUAUCUGAGUAAAAGAUUCACAACGGGGAAAGAGGAAAAGGAGGGUGAGAUUGGAAGGUCAAAAUUGCAUGCAAUCCAAAGCCGUUCUCUUGCAAGUUCUGUCGUGCUAUCCACAUGUAUAAUAAACAAAAAUUUGAGAUUCUUUUGCCUAAGAAUCCUUUCUGCUUUUGCAUCUGGCUGGCUGUAUCACACAUUAGCCAUGCCUAGAUAAGACAUCUCAAUAACUUUUUGAUGAAUCCUCCAAAAUGAUUGUGUGAUCCUUCGUUUUUAUGGUUUGAGCUCUACUUUUUCUGCUAAUACAUCCUCCUUGUUUUAGUUCUGUU